AUGGCAAAUGGUAGCAGGAUUGACCGGGGCCGCUUGCUCCGGGACCGGGAAUAUCUGCUGCAGGCCGUGUGCGCCGAGUUCCAGAAGGUGGACACCUACCACCGUGGGCUCAUCACCUCGGCCAACUUCUCCAAGGCUUUGGCUGGCCUCGGGUUGCGUUACGGCCAGCCCGAGGUGGAUGAUCUGCUUCAGUACUGCCAGGUCACCGAUGAUGGCUAUGUCCACUAUAAGGACCUCAGCAGCUUCCUUGCACCGCAACCUCCACGGGCGAAGCAAAGUAGCCUGAAGCAGACUCUCUACCCAGCCGAGGUCGUUCCGCCGGCCCCGACGGAGGAGAGAAAUGGCUUCUUUGCGGCACGAACCGAGGACAUCCGGAAGGUUUUUUCGCUCUGGGAGCGUGGGCGAAUCUCGAACGACCAGUUCAAAGAGGGGCUGCAAAGUGCCGGGGUGUUGCACCUGCCAGAGGAGCUCGACCGGCUGCUGGUCAUGUACGGACCAGCCAGGUCUUUGCCUUUCAGCAAGCUGAUGUAUGCAUUGCAGAUCGAUGCCAAUGACGGUCGCCGUGCCAGGAAUGCGAACCUCGGCUUUGAAAGUAAAACAUUUUUGGCCGGUUGCACCGUUUGA